AUGCCGUUUGUAACGAUCAAUGGCCACCGGAUCCACUAUUUAGAGGCCACGGAUCUCGGUUAUGAUGUCGACGCCGGCAAACUCCCGAUCGUUCUCGUUCACGGGUUGGGGUCGUCUGAGAACUACUAUGUCCCCAUCCUAGAGCAACUUGGCGGUCAUAGGGUUGUGGUUCCAACGACAUAUGGUGCGGGUCAAUCCAAUUCAAAAGGUGAACAGCUCACGCUCGAGCAGCUGGCCGAUGAUGUAAUCGGACUCAUGGACCACCUCGAGAUCGAAAAGGCAAUCCUAGGAGGCCAUUCGAUGGGCGGACCUAUGGUCUUGACGACUGCUGCCAAGAACCCGGGUAGAGUGGCCGGUGUUGUCUGUAUUGGACCUGUCAAUCCCGCCUCCGUAAAGCCGGAGAUAUUUACAUCCCGUAUCGAGACUGUCAUGAAAGAUGGUAUGGAACCACUUGCAAACACAAUUCCAAAAGCAGCGACCAAUGCGAGAAGCACUACGUUGCAGCGAGCCAUGAUCCGAGAGCUCAUCCUGGGACAAGAUCCCAACGCAUAUGCUUCGCAUUGCAACGUUAUCGUCAACAUGAAAGAUCCUGGCUUUGCAAAGAUCCAGACACCGGUUUUGCUUUUGGCUGGCGACGAAGACAAAUCUGCGCCAGUGGAAGGAGUCCAAUAUAUCCAUGACCAUCUCGGYAGCAAGCAGAAGGAGCUCACGGUAUUGAAUGGAGUUGGUCAUUGGCACUGCAUUGAGGCGAGUGAAGAGGUGGGGAAGGAGAUUGCAGCCUUCGCGACGCAGAUGGGAAGUCGUGCAUAG